AUAGACAAUGACACGUUAAUUGACAUCUGCAACCCCGCCAUUGGGAAGAGUUGGCAGGACAGUUCGGAGCGACUGGAACACAAGGGGAAUUGAAAAAGAAUGGCAGUCUUAGUAGUAUGGAAAAGAAGUUGGCCGAGUACAAAUGUAACACAAAUGAAGUUGUGAAGUUGAAAUUGGUGCGCUUUCCUGAGGACAUUGACGAUGAGGGCACAACGUUCAGCCCAGAGUUUAGUCACCAGAUAUUUGGAGAUGACGAAGUGGCUUUUGGAUACAAAGGUUUGCAGAUUCUGCUUUACUACAGCGCUGGGAGCCUAUCCACUAUGUUCCGUGUAAAUUACACCUCUAAAGUUGAUGACAAGUUUGAAGAGGUCCAAGCAGAUGACAUCGAAAGCAAAAUUCUAGAAAUCAUCCCCCCUGGAUUUUGUCGUGGCACAGAUGACUUUAUUUCAUUAUUGGAAAAAGAAGUUAAUUUUAAACCAUUUGGCCCUAUAAUACAUACAUAUACAGUUUACAAUGAAGAUGCUGGGGAGGAAAUCACUUAUCAGAUACACAAGGCUGACUUGACCUGUCCAGGCUUUGGAGAGUACCACGAAAGGCUCCAGACCUUCUUGAUGUGGUUCAUUGAAACAGCUAGUUACAUUGAUGUGGAUGAUGAGCGAUGGGACUACUUUCUGGUAUUUGAGAAGUACAAUAAAGACGGGACUACACUCUUUGCGACUGUAGGCUACAUGACAGUCUAUAAUUACUAUGUGUACCCAGACAAAACCCGGCCACGUGUAAGCCAGAUGUUGGUUUUGCCUCCAUUUCAGGGUGAAGGACACGGGGCUCAGCUGCUGGAAACAGUUCACAGAUAUUAUGUUACUUCCCCCAACAUUUUGGAUGUUACAGCUGAAGAUCCAUCCGAGAACUUUGUCAGGCUCCGAGACUUUGUUCUCGCUAAAUUUUGCCAAAAUCUGCCAUGUUUUUCUCCUGAGAAACUUCUUGAAGGGUUCAGCAAAGAGAUGGUGACAGAGGCUCAGCAGAAACUCAAAAUAAAUAAGCAACAUGCAAGACGCGUUUAUGAAAUUCUUCGACUUCGUGCAACUGACAUGAGUGAUCCUGAGAAAUCCCGAGCUUACAGACUAGAAGUCAAAAGGAGACUUGUUGGCCCCUAUAAGAAAAACCAGAGAGAGAUGGCCAAGAUGAGGCGAUGUUUAAAACCAGAAGAGCUAACCAACCAGAUGAAUCAAAUAGACCUGAAGACACAACAUGAGCAGCUAGAGGAGAGUUACCAGGAGCUUGUGUCAGACUACAGGAGGACAGUGGAAAGACUUGCCCAAGCAUAAGGCACUUAAGUUCCUAAGAAAGUCAGGAAAUGUACAUUAUAACUUUAGCCGUUUCCAGUGUUGCCAGCUCUGAAUAAAGCCCACAUUGAUAUGUUACUAGAACGUGUAAAUCUCUGCACUUCAGCAUUGACCUGUAAUGUUUUGAUGCCGUUUCUGGAGGCAGCACUUUCAUUGAUUGCAUUAGCAGAAUAUUAAACCUGGCACUUUACUGGUUUAAUGCACAACUUGUAGUUGACCUGUAUUAUUGGUUGUGUGCCUUGAAGGUGUAACAGGUCUGUAGGCACAGUAUAUGGGAAGCUAUAAAAGAAAAAGUGUCUCUGCUCAUCACUUCUUUUUCAACUAAAAUAUGUACAUAGUCCAACCUCGACCCCCAGGUAUAUGACCUACAUACUACUUUGUUGUUUACUUCAGCAGGUUUUUUUUUCUAGAAUGUUUAACUAGGUUAUGUAGUUAUCCAGUUGCACUUACAAAUAAAAAAAAUAUUG